UUAUGGGCUACAACCGGCAUUGAAUGUACCCAGACAUUGACCAACAAUGAGAUGGAAGUGUUGCGCGAAGACAAUCAAAGACUGACCACUGAGUUGUCAAUUGAAAAACAAUUAUCUGAUUGUUUGGAAAAAAAAACGUAUCACUCGUUGAAAAACACACAAAACGCUGAUAACAAUCAAAUCAAUACUAAAUCAGGAUUGAAUGGAAAACAGUUUUGGCAACUUUUAAGACACAAAUUACCGCAUCUGAUCCCCGGCGCCGACACUAAGACACACCGGAGACCACUGCUGUCCCGCGAUAUGACUGACAUCUCAACUGGUCAUACCUUUACCGCCGGUAAUGACAUGAUGGCCACCGAUGCUAUCAAAACCACUACCGAUAUCAUUGAACCCAAUGUCGUGUCCAUUGACUUGAAUCCCACCGAAAGUGAGAAACAAAACACAUAUCCAAUAGUUUCCGCAGACAAUGGCCUCGAAGUCAUGCCACCGAUCGGUGACGAUGGGACACAAGCGACGGAUAAUCAGUUUAAAACCAAACAAGAGAUCAUUGAUAUACUGGAGGACAGCGACAGCGAAGACACGGCCGUAACACCAGUCACUCCAACUGUUCCAACGACUACUGUCCACCACUACGGGAGUGCGUCCGUGACUGCUAAUCAAACGGCUGAUGUAUGGCUACAAAACUCGUUAAUAACUGAGCUGUUGAACAAACCCACGCGUAAGUCAUUGGACACAAACAGCGCAUCUCAUCGCACGGCACCGGCAACUGAUCCCGAAGUCUAUCUGUGCCUCGAAUGCCGCAAAACAUUUACCACAAAACAUGGUUUACAGACACACAACGAUAUGUUUCACCGGAAACCUAUGGAUCAGUUGCACGCGUCCGGUGAUCAACAGUCGGCCGCUCAGAUGGCCGGACACAUCACCGCUGGCUUUGUUAAGGACUUUACGCCAAUACCAGCCGUACAUAACAGCAGUCAAAGCAACAACAAUGGCACCAAAAAGCGGUCUCUAAUGAGCGGAACUAAUGAGACACAAGUGGUGGACAAUGAGACCACACAAGAGAUUAUUGCACAUAAGCACAAACACAGCACCGAUAACGCCUAUGCCUGCCAUUGGCCCGGAUGUGACUAUAAGACCAAUAUUAAGGAUAAUUUGCGGUCUCACCAAUUGGUCCACACCGAUGAUAGGCCCUACCCGUGCGAAUGGCCCGGUUGUCACUAUAGGGGCAAAAGUAAUGCCUUUGUUAAACAGCAUUUGAUAACUCACAGCACAGAGCGGUCACUGACCUGUGAUUGGCCCGAAUGCGGCAAAACAUUUAAACGACGGCAUCAGCUAAGGCAACACCAAGUGCUUCACUCGGGACCGCAGAUACCGUGCGAUCGCAAGGGCUGUGCCUUUAAGACCAAACAUAUCGGCGCUCUUAAGACACACAAACGACUCAUACAUAAAGACGUUUAA